GUUACGGUUCAACGCAUGUCGUUGAUCCGAUGGAUGGUGAAACACAAGAGGAAAAAUGCAGUCCUUAGCCAGAUUGUGUCUCUCGGUACUACUGCUAGCAUCUGUUGUUGCCAGCUCAUAUCAUAGCAGUGCAAAGCUUCGUCGUGAUGGCGUAUUGAACCUGUAUCCCUUUCCAAGGGUGGGUCGUGCGUCUCAUCGCACUUGGCAAGUUCCGAUCAAGGAUUUGUUAGAUGCUGAUCAAAUUAAACGUCAGCUGUACGCUUUUCCACGAGUCGGUAGAAAUGAUCCUCUUCGAUCAGAUGUCCAAUUAGCCCCACUUGAAAACAUACUGUUCGGUCGACGCAACCCGUUCGUCAAGCGCCAAGUUUUAUCUGAGCCUCAAGCGGAAAAAGACAGCACAGGCAUGUGGUUUGGUCCACGACUUGGAAGAGCUUAUAAGAGGGAAGAGGACGAUGUUGCACAAAACGACACGGAGCGAAGUGAACCUGAAGAGUUCGAAGCUCAAACUUAUCGCGAAAAAAGGCAAAAUUCGCGGACGUAAUUGCAACAAUGGACGUCCGCUUAUCACCACAGUAUAUACCUUUAACACUAACCUUUCAAAUGUCUUCAACUUAGAUUCAAGAAAACAUUG